AUCAUCAUCAUCUUCAUGAUCAUCAUUAUCAUCAUCACUCACCAUCAUCAUUAUCAUCAUCAUCAAGACGGAAAACUAUAUCUCCGUCGCGACUGUCGCUGUUACAUACUACUACUACUACUACUACUACUACUGAGACUUCGUGCUUCGGACACUGAUCGCUCUAAGUGAUAGCUGUGAUAAUAACAGCAGAAAUACUUCGGUUCAGUUCAGUAUUAAAUGUUAGCAACGACAGCGAUCGCAGUUACAGCAGUAAAGUUAGCGGUUUGUUAUAUCAUCAAACUCCGUCAACACCAUCGAUUCCUGUGGCAAUAAAAGAAAAAAAACACAUCAUCACCACCACACCAUCACCAUCGCCACCACCACCACUACCAACAACACCAACAACAAUAACAGCAACAACAAACAUUCCAGCAAUUUAUCUGUAGUUAGCAUCAGUGGCAGUUUUACACAGCAAGCCUGCUACCAUCAUCGUCACUAGAGCAGCAUUAGCGCUGGUAUUUAUUUCGUUUACUUCAUUCAUUGUAUUGCUGUUGUAACGGACCAGACGAGGUGGGGGUCUAGCGAAAUGUCUCUCAAAACUGACGACAGCGGUCUCACAUGGACGACAGCAGGUGGACAAACAGGCUUGCAUGGGUCAGACGGAUUACGUUGAGGCAGAUUUUCUAUGUCCAGAUGUCCUUCUUGUUGUCCACCUCACCUGUUUUCAGGCCAGGGUAUAUUUCCCCAUAGCCAGAGACAAUCCCUUUUGUCGAUAUCAUAAAAAUUUGCUGCCAAGAUGAACCUGACACAAAGAAAGCAAGUUCUACCAAUAAAAAGGUCAAUUAUUUUGGUAAGAAAAAAGGAUCCCCUAGUACAAAAAAAUGUGCUGCAGACUUGACAGAUGAUACUCCUGUUAAAACAGAGCCUGUCAAUGACUCCAGAGACAAGCUCAGCUCUGUCGAGCAUAGUGCUGAGGACAGUGAAAAGAUGGUUGCACCAGCAGUGGAGGAUCUUAAGUCAAUUGACAGCAACAGUCAAACUUUAGUGCUGUCAUAUGUCAAACAUGGUAUAAACAGGCGCAUGUUCAUCUCAGAAGAAAGCUUCACAAUGGAACCUCAAGAAUCACAAGAGGUACUUCAGACAGUCAAGGAAUGCUUGAAGAAUGUUCAGCGACCUCGUAAACUCAUGGUUCUACUCAACCCCUAUUCUGGAGCAGGAAAUGCCUCAAAGAUAUUUUCCUCUGCUAAGUCUAUAUUUGAAACUGCUGGAAUAAGUUGCGACAUCACAAUUUUAUCUGAAACAAAUGACCUACCAACUGUAAUACAGAACAAGGAUCUAGCUCAAUUCAAUGGUGUAGUUGUAGUUGGAGGAGAUGGUUCAGUAAGCCAAACAGUGACUUGCCUGAUGCAAAAAGUUCAGAAGGAUGAUAGCAUUGAUCCACCAUCAAAUCAGGAGAAGAAGUGUCCCUUACCUAUUGGAAUUAUACCUGCUGGUACUGGUAACAUGAUGGUAAAGAUGUUACACGGCAAUGAUGAUAUCAUAACAGCAACACUUCACAUCAUACGAGGAUUUCACCAAUCCAGCAACAUGUACAGCAUUUAUCAAGAUGGCAAAUUAUCCCUGUAUUCGUUCCUCAUGAUAGGUUUUGGAUUUUCAGGAGAGUUAAUCAAGUCCUCUUUGAGCAAGAGUUGGAUGGGUUCUGCCAAGUAUCUGUUUUCGCUGUUGGCCUGUUUAUUUUCAAAACGACAACCUCUGAAGUUGAAGCUGUCCUACAGAUUAGUUCGGGACACUGACACCAGUUGUGGAAUCGAUGUAGACACCGAAAAGAUCAGUGCAAGCAGAGCAAAUGAGGAAGAGGGAAAAUGGGAAACUAUUGAAGAUGACAUCCAAGGAAUUGAAAGUUUUUUGGUGUCUUUCAUGGAAUCUGGUCCCACAUUGAAGUACAGCUUUGGUGAGAAUAGUGGCCAGCUAUUCAUUAUAAAAAAAUGUUCCUUGGGUGAACAUAUGAAGUUUUACGGUCAUUUGAAGAGUAAUAAACCAUCUGUGUUUGGCCUGAAUUAUGUAGACUGUGUACAGAUGUCCUCAUGUAGGAUCGAACUUGUUGAGCCAAACCUCAUCAGCAAUCGAAAUGUGUACCUGAACUGUGAUGGGGAGUUAUUAACUAUAACAUCAAAUGUAAUUGAUAUCAGGUUUCAUCAUUCUGGCUUGAGAAUAUUUAGCAGUCCAACUUAAGACAUUAUAUCAGUGGAAGAAUUACAUAUGUGAAGACAGCACCCACACUCUGUCUAUGAUUUAAAAUCAUGGGGCACAUCGUACCAACUAAAGUUUUAUAUAUAUGCAUACAUACAUGUAUGUGUGUGUACAUAUAUAUGUAUGUAUGCUUAUGUGUGUUUGUGUGUGUGUGUGUGUAUAUAUAUAUACAUAUAUAAUAUGGGUGGCUUGUUAGUAAUUUUUCAACCAAAAGGCUAAAAUAUAUAUGUCACUAAAGCAACUGAGAGUGCUAUUCAGCACUAUUAUUGCUAGAUAUAAGAGUCAAAAACAACUCAUAAUCACAAUAACGCACUAUCUUAUAUAUAUUGACAAAGCCAACAUAUAUAUAUUGACUUUUAAGUUUCUCUCUAUGGAUUUCCUAUAGAAUUCAGAGACAGGUCUGUAAGUUGUUAAGCUUUGUAUAUGAAUACAUCUUUGUUUACAUAGAUGUAUUUCUAUAUGAAAUAUCAUAAUUUGCAGUGCAGUGUAGGUGCUGAGUUCUAUCAGAAAUCUAUAAGCUCAAAAGUGAGUAUACUGCACUGCUAACACAAGAUGAGACACAAUAUUGACUUGUAAAAAUUUUAAUAUACUUGAUAGUAUGUUUUGGUUGCAAAACAAAACACUGUGACCUUGCCAGCUUUAAAUAUAUAUAUAUAUAUAUUGAUAAUGAUAGAAAGAAAAAUUAGUUAGAAGUAAUGGAGACAUCAUUUCUUUAUUUAUUUAUAUACAGAUAUAAAAAGUCUUUGAAUUUUGCUAAGGAAAUGAAAUAAAAUACUGAUUGACUUUCCAGGGCUAAACAACACAAAAACAAUGUGACCCUUAGGAAAAUUCAAAGACCUGAAAAUUCAAAGACCUGAAAAUUCAAAGGCCUAGCUGUAAAUAGAAAAAGAAAGAAAAGAUGCCUCCAAUACAGCUAAUGUUUCUUUACGUCAUUAUUAAUAUAAUUAUCCUGUUCAUUACCAUUACCUUUUAUUUGUACAUAUACACAUAUUCUUAAUAACCUGCUGUUAUAGCUCAAUACAUAUAUGCUUUAGAAUAAAGUGUGAGACAAACACAGAAUAUAAUAUGAAAUUAAUGGAAUGACAAGGGAACAGGGAUUACAUACUCAACUUCAUUAGCUUUUCAUCAUUCACAUCUCUAUCUGGCCUAUCCCAUGACCCAUACACCUCUUGCCAUGACUCUCUAAGGACUCCUUACCACACUGUCUAUUUCUCUCUUCCAGUCCCCUUUCCCUUACAUUUUUUCCGUCCAUGCUCACUGAUAUAAUUCACUAAUUUAAAUUUUUCGCAUACUUUUUUCUAGAAAGUUAUUGACCGUCUUCCGUCCUUUUUUGAUCGGUCGUGAUUUUGCCUUGUUGGAAUUCCAGCAAACUGCCUCACUUGACUAGCCUAAUGUAAGUGAUGGUUUAGUCACCAAUGACCUGACCAUGUAACAAGUUGUACUAGAUUAUAUGUCACUAACAGUACACAUAAGAGACCUACAUACAUACCUACAUACACACACACACACACAUGUCACCUUCACUCAUCACUCCUCUUUCUUAUCACCCUUGUUGUGUCCUGCCCCACAGGCCCUACACUGAUUAUUAUACCCAGAAUAUUGGCCUUUUGGAAUUUCCUCCUUGCUCAUAUCUUUCCCCAAAGAUGUUGCCUUAGAAAGGUUUAUAUGGCAGUGAGCUGGCAGAAACGUUAGCACACCGGGCGAAAUGCAUAGCCAUAUUUUGUCUGCCGUUACGUUCUGAGUUCAAAUUCCACCGAGGUCGACUUUGCCUUUCAUCCUUUCGGGGUCGAUUAAAUAAGUACCAGUUACGCACUGGGGUCGAUAUAAUCGACUUAAUCCAUUUGUCUGUCCUUGUUUGUCCUCUCUGUGUUUAGCCCCUUGUGGGUAGUAAAAAAAAAUAGGUUUAAGUGAAACAUUAAUCAUAUCAACAAUCUAGUGGGGCCUGCAAGUGCUAUGGGUACUACUCCCUUUCUUUAGAUCCAGCAAAUAAAUAUAUGUAAAUGUAAUACACCCAUAUUAUAUAUAUCAAUACAUCAUUCUCUGAUGUAUAUCCUAUAGUUUAGCUUUCAUGAGAGGUGUUGAUUCCUAAUGAUGAUUAUUAGAUUUGAUUUAACAUAUCUGGCAAUGGUUCAUUAUCAACUUAAUAUCUUCAACUAUGUAAAGAAAUUUAUCAUAGUUUUGAAAUAACCAGGGCAACUUAGUUGUUUAUGUAAAGUUAGUAAUGGUUUUUUCAUUUGAUUUCCAAUAUUGGUGGAGACACAGCACCUAUAGAAAAGGAAGAGAGAAUCAGCAAAUAAUUGAAAUUAGCAGUUGGAUAGCAUAUACUGGCAUUAGGAAGGGCAUCCAGCUGUAGAAAGUCUACCAGAUCAGAUUGGAGCCUGGUGCAGCCAUCUGGUUUGCCAGACCUCAGUCAAAUCGUCUAACCCAUGCUAGCAUGGAAAGCAGACGUUAAACGAUGAUGAUGAUAAUCAUUUUAAAAUGUUUUUAUGUAACUCUAUAAAUUUUUAUACAUAAGUGAUGUGUAGGGUUGAACGAAUAGAUUUGGGUGUUGAUCUUUGAUAAUAGUAAAUUUAAUGCCAAUAUGGUAGUCUCUAUAUUUUCUAACUUUCUCCAUUAAAAAAAAAAAACAUAAAAAUGAAAUCAAAACAAUUUUAUCCAUAGCUUCACAGCCAGUGAUAGAUGUUUCUUUCACAUUUUGUGAUAGUUAUAGGUUUGUUACCUAUAGCACAGCACCUCCAUCAGAAUGUGGUUUCCCUAACUUUCUACACUCCAGAUCAUCUACAUGCAACCAUUUCAUGACUCACCAAAUCUGCACAGUCCCCAUGAACAGAGACCUCAAAAAUAUCCUCUAGGAGGGUCAUGCCUAUCUUGUCUCUUUCAACAGCAAAAAAAAAACACAAUCAUUACACAUAUCAAUAAAACAUUACCUUACUCACCCCUAAACAUGAAUCACACGUAA